UGAACAGGGCUUUGCUGAUGGUAAUGGUCAUGAUAAUGGUGGUGAGGUGAGAGAGAGAGGGAGAGAGAGAGAGUCUUUCCACCAAAGCCAAUACCCAGAGGAACAGGAGAGAGAAGAGUCUUUGGGGUUUGCUUUGAGGAAGAAAACAUGCACGAAUCCAAGCUUGCAACAAUACCCAUUACCUAUUUCUCUUCACUUACUACCAAAAUCACAAAGUUAUGAUGAAUAUUUGGUUUCCGAGGAUUCGCAGCUUCUAAGGUUGAUGUCGGUGUUGAAAUGACGAAUGUCAUUUGAUGGUUGCUCGGAUCAUGGGUUGUUGAUGAGCAGGCAAGCUAAGUAAGCUUUUCAGCAUUUGCACUUGAGAAGAAUUAAAGAACUCGUUAUCAUAGUCUGUGAUACUUUGGAAUAGUAGCUUGAGGCAGCAUUGGAAGAGAAUGCAACCUUUGCAUAAGAAAGAAUCUGGUUUAAGUUCUUCCCAAUCAGCAUCACCAUAUGUUGUUGCAUGCCCAUCAUGGGGGCAUUCUACUGAUUCCAAUGUCCAAUCAUCAUCUAUGACUGAAAAUUUAAGCCUGAAGAUGGGGGCUUUGCCACAACAUUUUCAUAGCACAAAACAACUGAAUUUCCAGUUUCAGGACCAGGAUUCAUCUUCAACUCAGUCUACUGGUCAAUCAUAUCCUGAAGUUGCUAGUAUGGGUGACAGCAACCCUUAUGGACAGAACACUGGUUCAACAGUCUCAGGAUAUGAUGAAAUGCACAGGAAGUCUGCUGGAGGUCACUCUAAAUUAGCCUCAUCAAUGGGAUCUCAGGAUUUUGUUUUUCCUCUCUCCCAACAGACUCGCUUCCCUCUCCACUAUGCUGAACCUUGUUUUGGUGGUUUACUGACUCCUGCUUAUGUACCCCAGGUGAUGGGGAUAGUUCCUGCUCGAGUGCCUCUACCUCUGGAUAUGAAAGAGGAUGGACCAAUUUAUGUCAAUGCAAAGCAAUACCACGCAAUUCUUAGGAGGAGGAAGCAUCGGGCCAAGCUUGAGGCUCAGAACAAACUCAUCAAAGCCCGGAAGCCUUACCUUCACGAGUCUCGACAUCUUCAUGCCUUGAAGAGAGCAAGGGGAACUGGUGGACGCUUUCUUAAUACAAAGAAGCUCCAAGACUCCAAAUCUACUCCCGCAGACCGUGUUCUGGAUGGCUCAGGCUCUCGUCAACUACAUGUGGAUGGGAAUAUGUCGGAAUCUGAAGUUCAUCAUCCUGAAAAUUGCAGAGGCGGUGUUUAUGCUGCUGCCUGCUCCGACAUCACUAGUGCUUCUACAAGUGACAACUUAUACCCACAACAAGAAUUCAGGUUCUCGGGCUAUCCAUCUCGCGGUGGUGGAACAAUUUACAGUCAAUCAGGCGGCCUGCAUCAUCUUUCUGUCCUCCUGUGAGAGGUGAGACAAGCAGUGGUCAUCAUGGCAGUCUGUAUUUUGGUUCAGUUGCAGAAUGCAGCUGCCAUUGUUCCAUUGGGAAGUCAUCCUUGGCUCUGUUAAUUUGCUUGUUAGUUUCACUUUUUUUUUAUUGGGUUUUUUGAAAAAUCAGGAACAGAUCUUUCACUCUGGUUGUCCGCAUCAUUUUGGAUGGUGUUCGGAGUGAUAUUACGUCAUGUGAUUCAUGGUUAAACAUGGCAAGAUUUGCGUAUGUUUGGUGCUUAUCAUUAGUGUUCUCAUCAUGCGAUUGCCUGGUGACUUUUGCGUUUUGACACUCACCAUAAUAGUCCAGAGUGAUAUUUUUACAACUUGUUAAUCAGUCGGUUGCUAAUGAGUGUAGCUUGGAAA